AUGGGCAGUGGACGAGCCACGGUUUGGUCAGAGGCUGAAGCACCAAAGUAUGGUCUUCAGUGUCCAAAGAAAGCUCUCGAGACUUCACAAAUCCUUGAGGCUAUCAAUCGAUGCAACUCAACUGGGGGCCCAACUGGAACACAUUGGGUGCUGGACCCAGUUGACGGGACACUGGGAUUUGUACGUGGUGACCAGUAUGCUGUAGCGCUAGCCUUGAUCGAGGAUGGGAAGGUAGUUCUCGGAGUUCUUGGGUGUCCUAAUUACCCUAUGAAAAAGGAAUUGUCGAAUUAUAAUCAUCAGCACGGCCAAACUAUACCGAAGACUCCACCAUCUUCUGAUAUCUGGAAAAAAGGAUGUGUGAUAUAUGCACGGAGAGGAAGUGGUCGGGCAUGGAUGCAACCAUUGAUCCAAGGGGAUACACAAUUUGAAUGGCCAAAUUCUGCUACGUUGGUACAGGCUUCUCCUGUUGAUGACCCAUCUCUGGCGACUUUUUGUGAACCCGUGGAAAAGACAAAUUCAAACCACUUGUUUACGGCGGGUCUUGCUAACAGCAUGGGUCUCAAUUCGGAAAAUGUUAAUAUCUGA